GAGAGAAUGUUGAAAUCAAUGACAGAGAGAGAAGAUCAGAGGAAGAGUCAGUACAAGAAGAUUAUAGAUGCUGAUGAUGCCCGUCGUAAAAGAGAAGAGUUGGCAAUCUCAAUCAGAAAGCAAAAUAGAGAACAGAACUUGGCAAAGAAGAGACUUGAGAGCUUACCUGCGAUGGUUAGAGGAGUACAAUCAAAUAACUAUGAACAGGUACUUCAGUCGACUAUUCAGUUCAGGAAGUUGUUGUCGAUUGAGAGAUCACCACCAAUUCAGGAUGUGAUUGAUACUGGAGUCGUUCCACUGUUUGUUCAGUUCCUGCACAGAGCCGAGUUCCCUCAGCUCCAGUUUGAAGCGGCGUGGGCAUUGACAAACAUUGCAUCUGGAUCGGCCCAGCAGACAAAGGUCGUCAUUGACAAUGGCGCCGUGCAGGUCUUUGUGCAGCUGAUGAACUCACUAAACGACGACGUCAGAGAGCAGGCCGUCUGGGCGCUCGGCAACAUUGCUGGAGACUCGCACGAGUGCCGCGACAUGGUCCUAUCGUGCGGCGCACUCCCACCCUUGCUCAACCAGUUCUAUGGCCAGCCCAAGCUCAGCAUGAUUAGAAACGCCACAUGGACACUCUCCAACUUCUGCCGUGGCAAGCCACCCCCCGCAUUUGACGUCGUGCGCAUCUCCCUCAACGCCCUCGCCAACCUGAUCUACAACAACGACGAGGAGGUCCUGAUCGACGCGUGCUGGGCACUCAGCUACCUCUCGGACGGCCCCAACGAGAAGAUCUUGGCCGUGCUCGAAGCCGGCGUCGCCCGUCGCAUGGUCGAGCUUCUGGACCACCCAUCGUGCGCCGUCCAGACACCCGCCCUGAGAACCGUCGGCAACAUUGUCACUGGUGAUGACACCCAGACCCAAGCCAUCCUCAACGUGUCGGCCCUGCCCUUCCUCCAGAAGUUGUUGAUGAGCAACAAGAAGGCCAUCAAGAAGGAGGCCUGUUGGACCAUCUCCAACAUCACUGCCGGCAGCAAGCAGCAGAUUCAAGAGGUGAUUGACGCCAAUGUCGUGCCCUCGCUCGUGUCACUCCUCAGCAACGCCGAGUUUGAGAUCAAAAAGGAGGCCGCCUGGGCCAUCUCCAACGCCACAAGCGGUGGCUCUCUCGAGCAGAUUGACUACUUUGUCAAGCAGGGCUGUGUCAAGCCCCUCUGUGACCUGCUCAGCUGCACCGACGCCCGUAUCAUCAACGUCGCACUGGAGGGCAUCGAGAACAUCCUGACCAACGGACGCCACGACAAUGGCAACCACUACCUGCAAAUCAUCGAGGAGACUGGUGGCGUCCAGAAGAUCGUCGAACUGCAGAACCACAAGAACAGGGAGACGUUUGAGAAGGCCAGUCGCAUCUGCCACAGCUUCUUUGACGACGAAUCGGACGACGAAGACUUCAUGCCAGAGACAACCCAAGGUGGCAACGCAUUCUCCUUCCAAAGUGGUGGAGUCAACAACUCCAACUUUAAC